UUUGAACUGUGUAAUCAUAAAUGGAAACUUAUAUGCUUCUGCAGUAAAAUCUUGUCAAAAAGUGUUCGGCGAAAUGAAGUGGCUUUCAAGAGCGAUAAGAUAAUGGAAAUGUAAGGCUGUGAAAUGUUGUGAACACCGCUAUUGUUUCGUAAGAUAAUUAAACAGACUUGAACAGGCAGAUUCUAAGUCCAUCACUCAAUCUAGAAAAGCGCAAUCACACACAAUAUAAAUUUUUGACACUGAAAGAGACAUAUUUCCGUUUAACCCAUUAACUUUUUAAAAGGUGAAAUCCUGAAAACCUGGCUGGGCACUGAAAACUGAAUUAAGUAGACAUUAAUCAUUGAUAGCUGCAUCGUUAAUCAAGCACUAUUUGAGUUAGCACUUUGCAAUACUCGAGAGAAUAUUAGUCUUUAUUAUGACCUCGACUAUAAAAACGAUUGUUUACGUAAGGGUUACAUAGCCGUACUGCUACAUCAUUGGUCAAUCAAAUUAAUAACAGCGAGAAAAACGCUCGUUAGAACGAACUGUAUUUUCGAUGGAAUUUUAACGCCAUUUGCGGCGGGCAAGAGCGUUGAGUGGUCAUGAAGUCGAACAACUCCACACCAGAGGAAAACAGCAAAGAUUCCUUACCACACAAUGGUUACUUUGACGCUAGUUACGAUUCUUGCUUAAUCAUUCUCAGCGUUUUGAUUAUAGCGAUCAACGUAUUGGUACUUGUGCUGUUCGUAAAAAGACGGCCACUACAGACAAAAACCAACCUGCUUCUCGUAAGUUUGAGCGUCUCUGACCUAAUGAUGGGCCUUCUUGGUAUCCCCAUGAACACUGCUUGCAAUGCAUUAGUCGGUUACAAGAACUUCUCUGGACUGUGUAUCACCUCAGCUGCAGUGUAUAGGUUUAUUGCCGUGUCCACUAUUUUUCAUAUCCUGAUAAUCACAGGCGAGAGGUACGUGUCUGUCAUCUAUCCCUUCAGAUAUAUGCUCAUUGUAACCAAGAGGAGAAUGGUGAUUCUGGUAAGUUCCGUGUGGUCCUUGUCGCUGUUCAUGGCGCUGAUUCAACUGGCCUGGCAGGAGUUUGAUCAUUUCACCUCCCGAAACCCAACCAAGCUGCGCUGGGGUCUAAUCUACAACAUUGUUGGCAUUGUAGUGUGUUUGUUGGUGCCAUUAGUUCUCAUGCUCUUCUUUUACUUUCGAAUGUUCAAAGUCAUUCAUCAUCAAGCUAAACAAAUCAGGAAACUGAACAAUAUUCAAGAGUCUCACGGCAGCCGCAAGCAUUUAGUUGCUGAAAAACGAGCCAUAACUAUCUUCGCUCUCAUGCUCGGCAUAUUCACAUGUUGCUGGUCUACUUGGUACAUAGGCCUCCUACAGGACUAUCUUAGUAAGGACGUUUUCUACGCUAUUCCUUCAGUUUGGUUAUUAGUUUUUGACUUUUUGCGAUUUUCCACUUCCUUGAUCAAUCCCAUGCUUUACACGUUCUUGAAACAAGAUUUCCGUCGUGAGUUGUACUUGAUGAUUCCAUGUUUUAAGGCGAAAUACGAACGAGCUGAUCACUUCACAAUGGAAUCGAUAGUUUGACACAAAGGAAUAGUAACCGAUCUUUGUAAAUUCUUUAUUAAACUCAUAGCCAGUUAGUCAAACCUCACUGAAAAUUCUAUGCAAAAAAUCAAGCCUUGAGAUAGUCGGUGGAUGAAAAUAACACUUGUAACAUAGCGAAUAGUGAAUCAAUAUAGCCACUGCAAUCAGAAGAUGAUCAGUGUAUUACAUAUGCCAUUUGCAUUUAUUCGUUAAAAAUGCCCUGUUUGAUGAAAAAUUACUUGUAUACGCGGCUGUGGAAUUUCGAAGCAAUUUGUGGAAAUAAUCUUCUUUAACAUUUGUGAUAGUGUCGUAUUUGUAGAACAAUGCAGUGAUGCAGGAAGAUAACAAGAAGAUAAGAGAUAGCUCCUCACUUGAAGAAGAAUCAAGACAAAAACUAAUCAUCUUUCCUAGAACUUAAUUAUAAUUGCAUAAUCUUGCAUGUCUGCAGAACCGCGAAAAAUAAACACAACAAAAUUACUUGUGGGAAAAUAGAACACGUUUAACGUGUGUGUUUGAACAGCGACUAUAUUUUAAUAUUAGUUUUUCUUCGAGUUGGUAUACCUUCGUUCAUAAUAGGAGUUUACAUCACAUUUGUGUUGAUUGCAAGUAUUUAUUUUCCAGCUGAGCACUGGUUCGUUGGACAGAAGUUAAUUACUGAAUCAAAUUUUCCACUGAAGAAAAAUGAUUGAAAUGGUUCGUUUACAAACGAGAAUGUAAUUAAAUGUAAAGUUGGUUUGGACGUAGUCUAUUGUGUCCACCACGUUCAUUGCUGCGGCGAACGUAACGAGGUUACCAUGAAUAGCGGUGAGCCGGAAAAAUGAACCGCGUAACCAAAGGCGACUGAAUAAAUAUGGAUACUAAAAUGAAAAGAAAAUUAUACUCC